UUGAGCACUGCCCGAGCCCUACAGAAUGACCUCCAGCAGGCCACUGGUGUGAAUGUCUCUGCCCAAACAGUCAGAAACAGACUUCAUGAGGCUGGCCUCAGGGCGCGACGUCCUGUAGUGUGCCCUGUGCUCACUGCCCAGCACCGUGGAGCUCGAUUAGCAUUUGCUAUAGAACACUAGAAUUGGCAUGUAAAUUUCUGGAUGAAUCUGUUGGGAUUCAUCCAGAAAUUUAAAUGAAUUGCCAACACACCUCUUACAAUACUUUUAUAGAACAUUUUUACGAGUAAAUGAUCUAGAUCAACUUCUGUCGAACCCUUUACUUCCUACCCUCAUUCCUUUAGCCUGUCCUGAACAAGCUCUGAAGAAAUCCAGGUGUUUAUGACUCAUUCACACUGAGCUGCCAGAAAGGUUUAUCACAGACCUCCGCAAGAAAACAGUUCAACCUGUAGAAUAACACAGCCGACUCCUUUCUGUUAAAGGUUAAAGAUCCCAACACACUGUGCAGCUUCCUCCACAGGCAGAGGGUUUGAGCUGCAGCCUGUCAACAGGGGCUGAGUUGUUUCCAAGGGGGAGUGGAGCCAGAGCUGAUCCACACCUCGGAGAUAGGUUCCAGCGUGUUCAGGCAGGACUCACUGCCUCACUCUGCGUUUUCUUCCCCCGUAGUCAGUACAGAAACCACAGAGCUGCUCUAAUUGCUCCAAGUGCCGGACAGUAUUUUUUUUUAGAAAACAUCAGAAUGCAGGACAAGGCCAAAUUGGGCUCGGAAAAGAAACCACACGGAGAGAUCAGCGAACAACCUCAGCCUCAAGAUGAGAGGAAAGCAGCGCAGAAGAGAACCUUCACCAGGUGGAUGAAUGGGUUUCUGCACAUAUGUGAUCCUCCGCUUGAGGUGCACGACCUGUUCACAGACAUUCAGGAUGGCAGGAUACUCAUGGCCCUGCUGGAGGAGCUGACCGGCUGCAAACUGCUCUACAGGUUCAGGUCGUCUUCUCAACGCAUUUUCCGACUGAACAACAUUUCCAAGGCCCUGGCGUUCCUGGAUGACAGACAUGUUAAGCUCCUUGGAAUUGACACCUCUGGUGUUGCUGACGGCGUCCCCUCUGUUGUUCUUAACCUGGUCUGGAUCAUCAUCCUGCACUUCCAGGUAAAGGAGGUGACCAGAGGCCUCCACACGCAUUUGUCCUCUAGCCUCUCUUCCUUAUCAGCGAGCGGUUACUCCUCUUCCAGUGACCUCUCUCUCCAGCCAAAUGACGUUGGCAGCUACUCGUGCAAAACCCUGCCAAGCAAGGGUAGGAAUGCUGCCAGGGCGCCAAAGUACCAUGGGAAAGCAAUCAAGUCUCUUCUGCAGUGGGUCCAAAGAUGCACAUCAAAGUUUGGGGUGGAGGUGCAUGACUUUGGGAAGAGCUGGAGAAGUGGGCUCGCAUUCCUCGCCAUGAUUAAGUGCAUAGAGUCGGACCUGGUGGACCUGCGGGAGAGUCUGUCCGGAGAGCCGAGGGAAAACCUUCAGCAGGCCUUCAUGAUAGCCCACCGCAGCUUUGGUAUAACACCUCUACUGGAGCCUGAAGGUGUAAUGUGCUCCUCACCAGAUGAGCAGUCCAUCAUUACCUAUGUGUCUAUGUUCCUGGGGCACUGUACAGGCAAGGAUGAGGUUCAAACAACGGACAUUGGAGUUCCUGAUAUCCCAAGUUAUGGUUCCCUUGAGUCAGUGAGAUUAGGAGAAACCCCAGCUGACAACACAGAAGCCCAAGCUGUGCUCAGAGGUUUGGAGAAGAGCAGCGAGCAGCUUCUGUGGAAGCAGUGGGCCAGGAGAUCCCCGGCUGGCACCCAUGCCACCUCGCUCCACUUGAAUGACUCAGUCACAUCUCACCUCUCCUCCAGCGACGGUGACAUUGUUUCAUCCUGUUGUCACAAAAGCAUCACUGAGCAGUCUGAAGGCAGUGCUGCCUCCUCACCACUCAACAAAAAGAGAGGGAGGCAUAGAAGUAUAUUACAGCCGCCCAGUCCUCUAGACGCAGGUGUAGUCAACCCAGACAUUCGAUCCUGGAUGGAGAAAAGCUCGAAUCAGGUCCACGGAAAGUCCAGAGCGGACGAGAGUCGCUUUUCUUUGAGCUCAGAAGAGGGAAUCUACAGUUUGUCAGUGCUGGACUCAGAUGAGGAGGAGGCCUACAGCUACAUCCUGGAUCUGAACAAAGACGUUUUUCAAAGGGUCGAAGAGGAGACAGUGGAAGAAAUCGACGAGGAGUCAAAGCAUCUGGAGGCAUGUGACAUGUCCAAUGGUCAUGGAUCUAAACUUCAGGGAGGUUCUGUUGUAGGAAAUGCAGAUUUCGAACAAGAAUCUGAAGACAGGGCUGAGGCAGUGGUUCACUGGAAGCAGGAUUUGGACGAAAAUGAAAGUAUGAGAUACAAUCGACCCGUGUUUGACAUGGAGCCAGAGGAUGGGAGCUUUAGAAAAGAGGAACCUGAGGAGGAAAGAGUGGUUGUAGGACAGCUUAAUGAUUAUGAUGAGGAGGAAAGGGAGAAGGAGACAGAGGAUGUUAGAUUAGUGACACAUGGAUAUGAUAAAACAGAGGCUCUGAUAGAUGAGGCAGAGAUUUGCAAAAUGGCUCCGUUUGAGGAAGACACUGACAGAGGACUUACUGUAAUAUUUGUACAAGUGAGUGAGAAGAUAGAAGUAGACGAAGAGGAGGAAAGAGAGAGUUUGGCAUCAGUUGAGAACGGGCAGGAUGGAAACUCAGGGAAAGACAAAGGGGAAGAGGGGAAUAAUAUGAAGGAAAAGAGAGGAAAUCCACACAGCGCUGUGACCUUAGUUGGGUUCGGGGUCGGAGUAAAUGAAAAAAUACAAACUAAUGAGGGUGUGAAUGAAGUCCGAGGUGUCAGCGCAGCUAUAAUUAACACACAAGUAGAAAAUGAAAGGAAAGACUGUGGCCCCAAAGCGGAGGAUUCAAUAAAGAACUACGAUAUAGAUAGAACGGAGGCGUCCACUGACAAAGACACAAAUUCAAUGGAUCCUGAGGCAGUUACAAGAGAAGAGGAAGAGGACAGGGGACUGAAGAUUAAGAAAUACAAACUCACCGAUAAGAAGACAAUGACGGUAGAACAUCUGGGGGAAACUACUCCAAACAAUGACCCUGAUGGAAGUGUUAACAUUCAUGCUGGGGGUAGAAGUCGGACCUCUAACUCAUUCAGCGGCGAGGGAGGAUUCAUUCUUCAGUCUUCAGCCGCCUCUUGUGACAUAACCCCAUUAGAGCUGGAAAUGCUCUUGGUCUUUUGGAUGCUGCUCUACUGCUGCUUCAUCCUACCUCAAAUGAACCUCGGAGCCCCCCUGCUGUAAACCCUCCUUAUUCGGAUAGGCUUAUUAGCCCAGUUCCCACUAAUGAGCCAAACAGGGACACUUAAGGCUGUGUUGACUCUUUAUCUGUGUCGCAAAAUUUCCCUCUAGGCAACAUUUAAUGAUUAGGUUUGCCUCUCUCUGCCAGCAGAUGUAAUUUGUCAUUGGGGCUAUAGUUUCAGAUAAACUGUAACACUGUUUUCUAUAGUUAAACAGAUUUUCAGCUGCCAGCUCCUACAUGGCAAACAUUAUUAUCCAAGUUUUGUGAGAUGUUUUUGUUGCUGAAUGCAUCUCCAAAAGUGCUUUGUUUAUUUGAUUCAUUCCUGUUGCAGAAAUAGUCCACAUGGUGGCGUUGCAGCAUCACAGCGGCAAGUGUCUGGCAUGUUAGACUGUCUAUACAGCAUUCUGCUGCCUGCUGAGGGGUCCAUCGGGCCUGCUGUUUAAUUAGAAGCUGUAUCGACAUGGUGAGAUUAAGCUCAUAACAUUUAAUGAGCACUUUGACAUUUCCUAGACUCACUCGUUGUGUUAAAGCAAAAGUUUAUCCACAAUUUAGGCGCGUCUCAUGACAUUCUAAUGACUGCAAGAAUAAUAAAGCAGAUGUGUAAUAUA